GCGGGCCGUGUUGUUUUGGCGCUUACACUGUGAGUGUCUGCUGAUCUGCACCCCAGACUCGGUUCUGGUGCGGGACAGCGCAAGGAUGGGGAUACAAGGUUUGCUUCAGUUUAUCAAAGAUGCUUCUGAACCCAUCCAUAUAAAGAAGUAUAAAGGGCAGGUGGUAGCUGUGGAUACAUACUGUUGGCUUCACAAAGGAGCCUUUGCCUGUGCUGAAAAGCUAGCCAAAGGUGAACCUACUGAUCAGUAUGUAGCAUUUUGUAUGAAAUUUGUAAAUAUGCUUCUGUCUCAUGGAAUCAAGCCAAUUCUGGUAUUCGAUGGUUGUACCUUACCAUCUAAAAAAGAAGUAGAAAAGGCUCGAAGAGAAAGACGUCAGACCAACCUUCUAAAGGGAAAACAGCUUCUUCGAGAGGGAAAGAUUACAGAAGCCCGGGAAUGUUUUGCCCGUUCUGUCAAUAUCACACAUAGAAUGGCGCACCAAGUAAUUAAAGCUGCACGGGCCCAGGGAGUGGAUUGCAUAGUUGCUCCAUAUGAAGCUGAUGCACAGUUGGCCUACCUUAAUAAAACUGGGAUUGUACAUGCUAUAAUCACGGAGGAUUCGGAUCUUCUUGCUUUUGGGUGUAAAAAGGUGAUUUUAAAAAUGGACAAACUUGGAAAUGGAUUGGAAAUUGAUCAGGCUCGACUGGGAAUGUGCAGACAGCUUGGGGAUGUUUUCACUGAAGAAAAAUUUCGUUACAUGUGUGUUCUGUCAGGCUGUGAUUAUCUCUCAUCACUCCAUGGAAUUGGCUUAGCCAAGGCAUGCAAAUUACUAAAAAUAGCCAAUAAUCCUGAUAUUAUAAAGGUUAUCAAAAAACUUGGGCAUUAUCUUAAGAUGAAUAUAACAGUACCAGAGGAGUAUAUCAAUGGAUUUAUUCGAGCCAACAAUACUUUUCUUUAUCAACUAGUCUUUGAUCCCGUCAAAAGGAAACUUGUUCCUCUUAAUGACUAUGAAGAUGACAUUGAUCCAAAUACACUGCACUAUGCUGGACAAUAUUUUGAUGAUAUCACUGCCUUUCAAAUUGCACUUGGUAAUAAAGAUAUAAAUACAAUGGAACAAAUUGAUGAUUAUAACCCAGACACUGCUAUGCCUCAUCAGUCAAGAAGUCAAGGAUGGAAUGACAAAGCUCCUGAUCAGAAGACAUGGAAUGUGAAUAGCAUUUGGAACAGGAACCAUUGCCUAACACCUAAAUUAGAUGCUGUUUCAGAUACUACACCUUUACAGGAAAGAUGUACUACUGCAGGCACUGAGAAAGUUAUUAGUAGUAAGGGUUUAAAUCUUCCAAAGAAGAAACUAUUUAUAAAAAGACCAAGAAGUGAGGAACUAUCAGAAGAUGAUCUUUUAUCUCAGUAUUCAUUUUCAAUUACUAAGAAAACCAAGAAGGAGAAUUGUGAAGGUAACAAGCCACAGAAGUUUUCUGAAGCAUUCAUCCCUGAUGCAGAACAUGCCAUUUCCAGUAAAGAAACCUUGAAUACUCGGCCUAAAGUAAGAAACAAAUUUGCAUCCUUUUUGCAGAAGAAAAAUGAAGAAUGUGGUGCAGUUGUGGUUCCAGGGACUAGAAGCAGGUUCUUCUGUAAGCCUGUGGAUACAGCUGACUUCACUGAAAAAAACGGAAGCAACCAAUCUUUAUGUGAAACUACUGUCCUAGAACAGACUGAGCUGAAGCUAUCAGAAGAUAUGGAUAACCAAAAACCUGCUGAAACAAAUGUAGCUCAGAAUAUGAAUGAUCUAAAUGAAGCCUCUGAUCGUGAUUCUCUAAAUUCUGAGAAUAAAUUCACAAGGACAGUCUCACCACCCACCUUAGGAACACUAAGAAGUUGCUUCAGUUGGUCAGGAAAUCUUAGAGAUUUUUCAAGGACUUCUAGCCCAUCUCCAAAUGUAGUUUUGCAGCAGUUUUCAAGAAGGAAUGAACCCUCAGUUCCUUUAACUAAGAAUACUAAUGAAAUAGCCAGUUUGUCUCAAGAAAACAGUGAUGUUUUAGAUGGCAACACAUCUCCCAUUCCUGAAAUGGGAGGUUCUUUGCAAUCUCAGGAAAGCUUGGAACUAUCCCAAAACAGUUUGGAUUCCUCAAAGCUCUCUCAUCUAUCAAGCAAGGAUUCUGAUUCAGAGGAAUCUGACUGUAGUUCCAAGCCAUCUGAUAAUCAGAAGUCACAGAGCUCUCAUCUACAUUUAUCUUUGUGUGCAAAAAGAAAAGAUUCAACCCUAGGAAACAAGGUUCUUGGGCUCUCUAAAUCUACGUCAGUGGGAUCUCUUUCUACAAAUAAGAUCAAACCACUAGUCCCAGCCAAAGUCAGUGGACUAAGCAAGAAGCUUAUUAGUAUGCAGAAGAAAAAUCAUCGUAAUGCUGAAAACAAGCCAGGAGUACAGAUCAAAAUCAGUGAACUCUGGAAAAAUUUUGAAUUUAAGAAUGAAAUUCCAGGUCCAUUCCUUAACCCUACCAUCCAUGUGUUCUUCUGGUGAUUAUGGUUCCCAGAACAACCCUCACAAAGAAUGGGUAAAGACAGAGGAUUAAAAAAAAAUAAUGCCUAAACAAAUAGAGCAAAGCAAGAUUGUUGGAUCUUCCAUGAAAAAAGAUCUACAAGCCCCUUAUUCCUGCCAGUCUGUGCCAGAUGGAACCCAAAUUGGAAGGUAAACUAAAAAGGGGAAGUGACUGAGAAGCAGACCAAAUUUGUAGAUUCACAGUGGGGAUUCUAGCAGGGAAUCAGAUGGAUUAUACACUACAAUUCACGAACAUGAUUGGGAAAUUAUUUUUAUCCAAUGGGCAUUCCUUUAUUUUUCCAACUGAGCAAUAUAUUUUUAGGUCAUUUAUUGCCCUCCUCUCUAAAAAUUGAAAUACACAUUGUCAUAUGAUUAUGUUCUUAUAUUUUGCAGAAAUUCUGAAAAGCUUCCCUCUUGUAAGAAGCCACUCUCUCCAGUCAAAGAUAAUCUCCAGCUUACUCCAGAAACAGAAGAGGAUAUAUAUAA